UCUCCAAGACAACUCAACUCACCACCCUUUCAAGUCACCCCCCACCUAUCACCACCCGCACACCAGUCGCCAUGGAGAACGUCAAGGAGUUCGCUGAUAUGCCCGCUGAGUUCCUCAAGGAGGGUACUCUGUUCAUGAACCGCUGCACAAAGCCCGACAAGAAGGAGUUCAUCAGGAUAUCGCAAGCAGUCGGCAUCGGUUUCUUGAUCAUGGGAGUCAUUGGCUACGUUGUCAAGCUCGUCCACAUUCCCGUAAACAACAUCCUCGUCGGCGGCUCGUAGACGCUACUACGCCACAACCAUUGAUUCUCUUCCCUUUGCAUCUUCGACCACGACACCGGUCCGUUCAUCAUAUCAUCUUGUAUUAGGGGCAUUGGAGGUGAACAGACCGGCCUUCGCUUUGUGGGCUCCAUAGAGGAAAUAUGGCAUACUCAAAACGGCUGUACAGUAUGGGGUUGGGCCAGCGGGAGUUUGAUUAUAUCCAAAUUUAGGCAUGCACAGGAUUCAUCUUGAUUUGGUCUACGAACUGUGUGUUGUGGUGUGAACGGUGUAUGUGGAGUAGAACGAUAACGCGGUGCUUGUAACGCUGUGACAGCGAUGUUGAGCAAGAUCGGAAGUCCCUGUGAACAUCCGAUUGCAUUCCCAACUUCUCACCAAAUCCCUAUAUGCAGCACUUGUAUUCACCCAUCCGUCGGAAUUCUAGAAGGGUCA